AUGCCAUCUUAUCUCGUGACAGGCGCCAACCGUGGCCUUGGUUAUGGGUUCGUGAAGUUUCUGGCCAAAAAUCCAGAAAAUACAAUUGUCGGCAUUGUCCGAAACAAAGAGGCCGCAGACAAGUCGGUUGCUGCAGAUGGCCUCAAGAACGUUACCAUGAUCCAGGCUGAAGUCGUCGAUCUCAAGUCGCUGUUGGCGGCCAGAGAAAAAGUGGCACACAUCACUGGCGGUUCCCUUGACUAUCUGAUCAACAAUGCGGCCUAUAUUGACAGCACAAGCCAGGGCAAAAGUCUCGAUGACUUUGAAGACUCGCCCGAAGCUCUGGACAAAGCUCUUGUUGACUCGUUCAAUGUCAAUGUCGUGGGAGUGAUCCACGUCAUCAACGUCUUCCUUCCGCUGAUCAAGAAGGGAACUCAAAAGAAAGUGGUCGUGAUCUCCAGUGGAAUGGCUGAUCCUGACCUCGUCAACUCGGGGAUCUCCACCGACGCGCCUUACACCAUCAGCAAGGCUGCGGUAAACAUGGCCAUCUGCAAAUAUAAUGCAAAGUACAAGAAGGAAGGUAUUCUGUUCUUUGCGCUGUCGCCCGGCGUGGUCGCGACCUGGGAGGGAACACAGGAGCCUCCUUCAGUGAUACAGGACCUCAGAAAGAUGGUUCCAGAUUGGCCGGGCCCUCUGACUCCUCUGGAGUCGGCCGAGGCCUGCGUGAAGGUGAUGCACGAUUUCAAUGCGGAAGAACAUGGUGGUUCUUUUGUGUCCCAUCAUGGCAACAAGCAGUGGUUGUGA